UAAAAAUAUUUGAGCAAAUCUUACAUCUGGUUGGCUGUUUACUCCCUUAUAUACUCACGCAGAAAAUUGUCUCCACUUCCAAAAUGGAAAAAGUCUGCUGGGGGCUAAGGAAGCUUUCUUUGGUUCGGAUGUCAGCGUGAAAUGUGUGCCAGGGGUUUAAGGACACCUCGGAGAGACUGAAGACGUUGCUAAAUUUGCACUGGAAACUGAAAGAACUUCAGAACUCCCGUUCCUGAAACAUCCUGCAUAAUCAACAAUCACACCAUGGAAAAAGAAUCCAGCUAUAACCUGACUGCACCCAGUGUGUCUUUGUUACACCCUAAUAUGACCUCAUGUGACUACAUAUCUACCUCCACCUGGCAGUACCAGAAGAAAGUGAUUCCCGCUAUCUACAGCCUCAUUUUCCUACUGGGUUUUCUUGGGAACAUGCUGGUGGUGUGUGUGUUGUUUCACAGUUCAGGCCGAAGGACUGUAGCCAACACGUAUCUGAUGAAUCUAGCCAUGUCAGACUUACUGUUUCUGAGCUCUUUGCCGUUCUGGGCUGUGUACUAUUCACUGGAUUACAACUGGGUUUUCGGGAAGGUCAUGUGUAAGCUGUGUGGAGGUCUGGUAACGAUAAACGUCUACGCUAGUAUAUUUUUCAUCACCUGUAUGAGUGUUGAUCGAUAUUAUGCCAUCGUCUACCCACUGCACUCUCAGAGCUGUAGGAGCAUAAAUCGGGCCAGAUGUGUUAGCGGCAUCAUUUGGGUCGUGGCGGCUUUGACAACGUUGCCAACAGUUGUGUUCCGUGACAUACACAUUAUUUCCAGUAACAAUGUUACGGCUUGUGUCAUUUAUUUCCCCAGUUCCCACUGGCAAACCGGGUUAACUCUUGCUAAGAACACCCUCGGAUUCUUCCUGCCAUUUGUCAUCAUUGCAACCUGCUACAGCCGAAUCGCCGUGCACCUUCUGGCCACCCCAAACUACCUGGAGCAAGACUAUACCCGACUGCUCCAUGUGUUGCGAAUGGUGGUCGCUGUGGUGUUGGUGUUUUUCUUUUGCUGGUUUCCAUUCCAUGUCCUGGCGUUCCUCGGAGCUCUGGGAGAGCUGGGUGUGGAGUUGGAUUGUUGGGUGCUCCAAGCGAUCCAUAAACUCCUGCCAUUCUUCAUCUGCCUCGGCUUUUCCAACUCUGCCAUAAACCCUUUCCUGUACUGUUUUGUGGGAAAUCACUUCCAAGAGAAACUGUGGCAGUUUUACGGGGAUGUGUUGUCGCAGAAAAGAGAUUCUAUCAGCACAAGACUGUCUUCCUUCUCCAGGAAACUGAGUGACCUUAAAGAAACUGUGCCUAUGGAGUUUCUUGAGCAGCAGAACAACCUGUAGUGGAAUCUAGUGAAGCUAAAAACUUUUCUUUUUACUAUUAUUAUAACUGCAGAGGACACCAUGUCAAUGUCAGUCAAGUGCAUUUCCAUAGAGAGAUGAUCAGGUCAGAUGUUGUUGUUGGUUGCUAUUAUUGUGCUUGUUUCACUGUGUCUUAUUUCAAAUUAUGCAGUGGCUGUGAUUUAGCACCGACAUUUAGUUAAAAAACAACAUGUAGAAAUAUAGCCCACAUACUAUAAAGACUUUAUCGAGGAUGAGGAAUUUUCAGAUUUUUCUGCACAAAUCACAUAUAAC